AUGGGUUUCAAGAAUGCUAUGAACAAGGUCAAAAGGACCCUGCUGUGUUGCAGGAAAGAAAAGAAGAAACCAUUGCUGAAAAUUGGACCUACGACUGACGUGCGGCGAAUGGACAUCACCGAAGGAAUGCCCGAUCUUACAGAAGCCGACGCAAAGCUCAUCCAAGAAAAAGCCGUCAACGACGCCUACCGUCUGCUCUCCUCCAAUCCCACCCCCAAACCAACCCGCAACGCCCUCACUGACCCCUUCGCGUCCACCUCUGCCCUACCCAUCCCCACAGACCCUUUCGCCUCAGCUUCAGCCUCAGCAGCCGCGUCCCAAACGAACCUCCCCGUCCCAUCCCCUGGUUCCGUCCGCUCACAGGCCCGCCCCUUGCUCGACUCCGCGCCUUCUCCAACGCAGAACGGCUCCCCUUCUACGCUUCGCACAGCGCCGCAGAAAAUCUGGGAGAAGACUCGCCGCCUAUCAGGCUUGAGUCGCCGCUCGUCGCAUCGCUCAAGCGCGUUGUACUCUGGUCUCGAGCGUGGCACUAAUAAGCGCGAUGAGCCUCUUAUCAUCGAGCUCGACGCCAGAGGAAAGGACAUGGAGGGAGACGACACGAAGAGCGGGGCUAGUGUACGGGGCUUCGAGGUCGUGGACACAGUUGGUGGGACGCCCGAGGGCACGCCGACUAAGAAGAGGGGUGGCGGGGUGGGUGGGAGCGCGAGCAAGAGGCGUGUGGUGUCGAAUCCGCUGAUUGAGAAGGCGGUUAAUGCGACGGAGGAUGAUAGCAGUGAGGAUGAGGAGGUGGAGAGGAGGCCGUUGGUGAAGGCGUAA